GCCACGGGCGGCCGCGCAACUUGCGGCCAAACUUUCACCCCUGCCUCCCUAGCUCGGAUGGCGGCCCGCUAAGUUGGCUGCAGCCCCGGGCCGAGCAGCGGCCAGGCCAGAGGGCGCCCCUUGCGCAGCCUGGGUCGGGCCAUGGCCCGCGCGCCCCCGCCAGGACACCAGAGUGGCGGGGCGCAACUCCUCUGGGUCCCUGGCCCGCGCCUCUAGCUCGCCCCUCCCGGUCUCGGGCCUGGCCCCGCGCACGCGUGGGAAAGUUGGCCUGGAACCGGCCCGACCAGUUCCGCCCGGGUGCGCGGACCGGCCGCAGGAAGUUGCUGCAAAACUUUUUUUGGGGGUGCAGCCGGUACCCCCCUUGCGCCGGGGCCGGAUGUGCACCGGGUAGGGUCCCCCGGGCCGAGAGGGGUGCGCGGAGGGAAGAGCUCAGAGGGGGCGCCCCGGCCCUGCUGCCCUGGGGCUAUGGCCAUGGUGACCGGCGGCUGGGGCGGCCCCAGCGGCGACACUAACGGCGUGGACAAGGCGAGCGGCUACCCGCGCGCGGCCGAGGACGACUCGGCCUCGCCCCCCGGUGCAGCCAGCGACGCCGAGCCAGGCGACGAGGAGCGGCCGGGGCUGCAGGUGGACUGCGUGGUGUGCGGAGACAAGUCGAGCGGCAAGCAUUACGGUGUCUUCACCUGCGAGGGCUGCAAGAGCUUUUUCAAGCGGAGCAUCCGCCGCAACCUCAGCUACACCUGCCGGUCCAACCGUGACUGCCAGAUUGACCAGCAUCACCGGAAUCAGUGCCAGUAUUGUCGCCUCAAGAAGUGCUUCCGAGUGGGCAUGCGGAAAGAAGCGGUGCAGCGCGGCCGCAUCCCGCACUCGCUACCCGGCGCGGUGGCCACCUCCUCCGGCAGCCCCCCGGGUUCAGCAUUAGCGGCGACGGGUGGAGACCUUUUUCCAGGGCAGCCGGUGUCCGAGCUGAUCGCGCAGCUGUUGCGCGCCGAGCCCUACCCGGCGGCUGCCGGGCGCUUCGGGGCGAGUGCAGCAGGCGCGUUCGGUGCAGGGGGCGGCACGACAGGCGCGGUGCUGGGCAUCGACAAUGUGUGCGAGCUGGCGGCGCGGCUGCUGUUCAGCACUGUGGAGUGGGCGCGCCACGCACCCUUCUUCCCGGAGCUGCCGGUGGCUGACCAGGUGGCGCUGCUGCGCCUCAGCUGGAGUGAGCUCUUCGUGCUGAACGCUGCACAGGCGGCGCUGCCCCUGCACACGGCGCCGCUGCUGGCUGCCGCCGGUCUGCACGCUGCGCCCAUGGCCGCCGAGCGUGCCGUGGCCUUCAUGGACCAGGUGCGCGCCUUCCAGGAGCAGGUGGACAAGCUGGGCCGCCUGCAAGUCGACUCGGCCGAGUACGGCUGCCUCAAGGCCAUCGCGCUCUUCACGCCGGAUGCCUGUGGCCUCUCAGACCCAGCCCACGUGGAAAGCCUGCAGGAGAAGGCGCAGGUGGCCCUUACCGAGUACGUGCGGGCCCAGUACCCAUCCCAGCCCCAGCGCUUCGGGCGCCUGCUGCUUCGGCUCCCUGCCCUGCGCGCUGUCCCUGCUUCCCUCAUCUCCCAGCUGUUCUUCAUGCGCCUGGUGGGCAAGACGCCCAUUGAGACGCUGAUCCGUGACAUGCUGCUGUCGGGAAGUACCUUCAACUGGCCCUAUGGCUCAGGCCAGUAACCAUGACAUGGCUAGGUGCACCAUGGCCAGGUCUGCAGACCUAAAGGGACAGGGAUGCUGAGACUUUGAGGGGCCUCUCAGGGCAGAGGACCCUUGCUUCUCUCCUCAGACUCCUAUUUUUUAAAGACUGUGAAAUGUUUGUCUUUUCUGUUUUUUAAAUGAUCAUGAAACCAAAAAGACUGAUCAUCCAGGUCCCAGCCUCGUCCUUCCCAGAAUUCCUGGCCAGGAUGAAGGUGAGGGAUGGAGGGUCCAAUCCUGGGACAGCCUUGUCCCUCAGUGCCCCAAGCAUGAACUUGUGGGAUGGUGGGGUUGGCUUCUCUGGUAUGAUGGACAAAGGCCUGGUGUCUGGACUAGAGGGACAGCUGGGCAAGGGUGGUAUGUAUCAGGCAGAUCCUCUGGACAUGUAAUCCAUGUUGGACACUACAUGAUGACUAAAUCAAGGCCAAUAAUAAAGACCUUUCCUACCUGUA